CAAGCGUACAGAUCUCACUAAAAUUUAUUUAUUUUUUCAACAAAUUUUUUCUUUUGCGUGAUAAGAAAAUGUCAGGACGUAAUUUAAAUACAAACGAUGCUAAUACAAACAUUGUAGACCAGAUGCAGUCCCAGUCUGAAGACUUAGAUGAUCAACCAGGUCCCAGCCGCAGGUCCGCCAAUGCAGAAAUGAAGUCGCGGUUCGGGAAUGGAUCUGCUAAGGAACAAAUCAGGGGCUUGCUCGCUAAGCUUAAGAGCUUCAGUUGGCCAUUCGGAGCUAGGACGAAACCAUGCGCUGAAUCUUUAAGCAACACUUUGGCCCAUGAUCCAACUAAAGUGGCUCUAGUCAAGCGGCCCGGAACUGCAUUGAGCCAGGGCAAGGAGCGUAAGCGACGUAUUGCUCAAUUGAAGGCCAUGCGUGAGAAGAUGAGCGCAUCCAAGGACGAGAAGGGUGCUACAUUUCAUGCACUGCGCCAAUGCCUCUGCACCGAGGUGGACGGCAAAAUUUACAAACUGUGUGAGUUCGCAAAUCAACGGACUGAACGUGCUUUUUUCUCAGGGACUCCUCCUGCAGAACGUGAGGAGUCUGCCGAACCCUCUACAGAGUAAAGGGUCUGCCGAUUCAUUUCAUUAUGCUAUGCUAAUGCAAACUUAAAUGAAAAUAAUAAAUUCUGUCGUAAAACAGUAACUAACUAUUAUGUUAUGUAA